AUGGGGAAGCCUGCUGGGAAGAAGAAAAUUCAAAUUGGAUCAAAAUCCAUUGACGGAAAUGCGAAACAAACCAAAGCUCAGGAUCGUAACUCGAAAGCAUUUGAUGAAGACACUGCUAUAUUCAUUAACAUGUCCCAAGAGUUGAAGGAAGAAGGCAACAAACUGUUUCAAAAACGUGAUCACGAGGGUGCUAUGUUGAAGUACGAAAAGGCCCUCAAAUUGCUCCCUUUUAAUCACAUUGAUGUUGCGUAUCUGCGUAGCAACAUGGCAGGUUGCUACAUGCAAAUGGGUAUUGGUGAGUACCCGAGAGCAAUAAACCAGUGCAAUUUGGCACUUCAAGUUGCUCCCAAGUAUAGCAAGGCAUUAUUGAAGAGGGCAAGGUGUUACGAGGCCUUGAAUAGGCUUGAUUUGGCACUGAGAGAUGUUAAUAAUGUGUUGAGCAUGGAACCAAAUAAUUUGAACGCAAUGGAUAUUGCAGAUAAGGUGAAAAAGGCGAUUGAGGAAAGGGGUCUAAAAAUUGAAGAAAAAGAAAUAGGUUUGCCCCCUGACCAUGCUAAGCCUCAUCAAGCCUCGAUUUCUGAUAAGGUUGUCAAAGAAAAGACAAAAAGGAGGAAAAACAGUAAGUUUGAAAAGAGAAGUGUCGGGGAAGAACCUGAGGAAAAGAAAGUCGAUGAAGUUGAGGAAAAGGAAGUCGAUCAAGUCGAGGAAAAGGAAGUCGAUCAAGUCGAGGAAAAGAAAGUCGAUGAAAUCGAGGAAAAGAAGGCUGAGGAUAAGGUGGUUGUCGAAGAGAAGAGAAGUGUUAAGGAAGAGAAAGUCGUCAUGAAGACUGUGAAAUUGAUUCAUGGAGAGGAUAUAAGAUGGGCUCAGCUACCUGUUAGUUGUAACAUUAAACUUGUGAGGGAUGUAGUUUUGGACCGAUUUCCAACUUUGGAGGGUGUACUUAUCAAGUACAAGGAUCAAGAAGGUGAUUUAGUUACAAUCACAACAAAUGAUGAGCUGAGAUUGGCGGAAGUAUCAGCUGAUCCUACUGGUUUUCUGAGACUGCACAUUGCGGAAGUUAGUCCCAAUAAAGAACCACUUUAUGAGGGAAUGAGCUGUGAAGAGAAAAUGCAACAAACCAAUGGGAAACCAACUACUUUUAGAGAAAACAAUAACAUGGAGAAAGGGCUGACCUGUGUUGAGGACUGGAUUUUCCAGUUUGCGAGGCUUUUCAAGAAUCAUGUUGGGUUUGAUUGUGAUUCAUACUUAGAUCUUCAUGAAAUAGGGAUGAAGUUAUACUCAGAAGCAAUGGACGACACUGUUACAAGUGACGAUGCACAAAAACUCUUUGAAAUUGCUGCAACGAAGUUCCAAGAGAUGGCCGCUUUAGCAUUGUUUAAUUGGGGAAAUGUCCACAUGUCUAGGGCGGGGAAAAGGGUGUCUUUUACAGAAGACAGUUCUGGGGAGUCAGUCUUAGCUCAAGUCAAAACGGCAUACGAUUGGGCGCAAAAGGAAUAUGUGAAAGCCGGAAUGAGGUAUGAAGAAGCUCUAAAAAUAAAACCAGACUUCUAUGAAGGUCUUCUUGCACUUGGGCUGCAGCAAUUUGAACAAGCAAAGCUCUCUUGGUAUUAUAUAAUUGGGAGCAAGGUUGAUUUAGAGAUGGGGCAAUCUUCGCAGGUCUUAGAGCUAUUCAAUAAGGCCGAGGAUAGCAUGGAGAGAGGCAUGCAGAUUUGGGAAGAGAUAGAGGAACAGCGUCUUAAUGGACUGUCCAAAUCGGAAAAACAGAGAGCUGAAUUGCAGAAAUUAGGGUUGGAUGGGCUUUUUAAAGACAUAUCGCCUGAUGAAGCUGCAGAACAGGCUGCCAGUAUGAGGUCUCAGUUAUACCUUCUAUGGGGUACUUUGCUGUAUGAACGUUCUGUUGUGGAAUUUAAAUUAGGUUUACCAACCUGGGAAGAAUGCCUGGAGGUUGCAGUUGAAAAAUUUGGACUUGCUGGAGCAUCAGCUACAGAUAUUGCCGUUAUGGUCAAGAAUCAUUGUUCGAAUGCAACUGCUUUAGAAGGUUUCAAAGUUGAUGAGAUAGUACAGGCAUGGAAUGACAUGGAAAAUAUUGGUUUCUUCAUAGGUAAAUUUGUUUUGGUUGCUUGCUUAUGGAAGCAAACAACGAUUUCAUCAUCCGAGUGUUGCAUUUUGGGUCGUAUUGCUCGUGAUUUAGUUGCAAAGCUUUUUAUAUUAUUAUUUUUCUCCAGUCGACGAUUUUCUCAAAGGCUGAGGAAGUCUCAGUAUUACAAAAUGAAAUUGAUAUUACAGUUGAUUUUGUAA